GGCUAUUCUAAGCAGGUGGUUCCAGUGGAAAGCAGUGGGUCCGAGACACAGUGGGACAGAGCUGUGUGAAUGGACCAGGGGCACUGGGGGAAGAGAAGGGACCCCAAUACUUAACUAAAUCCUGGAGGAAAAAAAGCAUCAUCAACAACAACAGUUAUUCCUGCUGAGGGAUUAGCUCCUUGUCCAUGCCAUCAUGGGCCUGCCCUCGGUGAUGGUUCUGCCCCUGCUGAUAGUCAUUGCAGCUGGGGUGUACUACAUCUACAACGAAGUCUUACAAUUCAUGUCCAAGACCCAAGUGAAAAACAAAGUUGUGGUGAUCACUGACGCUGUGUCUGGGGUGGGGACUGAGUGCGCUCAUCUGUUCCAUAAGGGUGGUGCCAGACUGAUCCUAUGUGGGCCUAGCUGGGAUAAACUAGAGUCUCUGUAUGAAUCUCUGACUAUUGAUGCUGAUCCCAUAGAGACAUUUGCCCCGAAGCUGGUGAUCCUGGAUUUCAGUGAUAUGGACAGCAUGGAUGAUGUGGUAGCUGAGGUGAUGGAGUGUUAUGGCUACGUGGAUGUGCUGAUCUGCAACAGCAGUAUGAAGCUGAAAGCUCCCGUUCAAAGUGUCUCUCUGGAAUUAGACAGAAACAUUAUGGAUAUAAAUUACUUUGGCCCAAGCACUCUUGCUAAGGGUGUGCUUCCAUCAAUGGUGACAAGAAGAUCGGGACACAUUGUACUGGUUAACAGCAUCCAGGGCAGACUGGCAGUCCCAUUCAGAAGCUCAUAUGCUGCCUCUAAGCAUGCGGCACAGGCUUUCUUCGACUGCCUGAGGGCUGAGGUGGAGGAAUAUGGGAUCGUUGUCAGCACCAUUAGUCACACCUUCAUAAACAUGUCUGACCUGCCACCUGUCGAGCAGCCCGCUCCGAAACCAAACGCCCUGGCUGCAUUUAUCGCCAGCCAGCUGACCCAUGGCGUGCGCCCGUCAGUCCUGGCCAAUGAGAUUAUGCAAACGGUGAACAGGAAGAGGAAGGAGGUUGUGCUGGCCCACCCCAUCCCCAGGGUGGCCCUCUACCUUCGCUCCCUUUUUCCACCCUUCCUCUUCGCUGUGCUGGCGGCGGGAGUGAAGGACUCGCUGCUGGCUGAGCAGAUGCAGUAGGAAGAUGGAGAACCAGGGAUGUGAAAUAAAGUGCAGCUCGACUGGAAAUAGCAAAGAUGAAACUGUAUGUGAUGAGAGCUCCAGGCUGUUCUGUAAUGCCUGCGUAUUAGAUGGUUACGGAUACCUGCUGAACACAGUGUAAGCUGAAAUAUAAAGGACAUCAUCUGGACAAAGACAUACAGUGGUUCAAGUCUAAGAAAGAUUUAAAUGCAUUGCUUACCUGUAACGGCUUCCACAAAUUUUGAAUGUUACAUAUUGUUUACAAGAAAUCCAUUAAUUGUAAUUAUUUAGCUGUACUGCUUCACUCUUUGAUGUAAAAAGAGAAAAAAAAACCCUG